GUUUUGUCAAAGGCGUUUGUCCGUUAAUCGCUUGUGAGGGGGGCGGCCGUUUCGCAGCUGUUAUUGAUGGCGCAGGCUCGGCAACGGUAUGUGAAGGAUACUACUAGCACUUGUGACUCCAGGAGAGUGACUGCUGUUGGAGGAAAAACUACAGAUCACGGAGUGAAUUUCACUAACACUGCACUUGUUUCAAGAGGUGUAAUAUCCCUCAGGAGAGGCAACAUGUUUGGUCAGACCCCAGCUAGGAGAAUGAUUCCACAAACCCCUCACCUGCAGGAUAAUUCUGAUCCUCAGAUAGCUGCCCUUCUCCGUAAGCAAUGGACCUUAUAUAGCGUCACUCCUCUGUACAAAUUCUCUUAUGAACAGCUGCAGGAAUAUUCUAGACAACUGAGUCACUUUAUUGCUUCUGAAAGGCAAAAGAGGUUUGCUGUGGAAGCAGAAUCCAAUGUUACUUUUGAAGCGAAGCUCUUCUCACUCCCAGCUUUGAAAACCACAGAACAGGAACAGGUAGCUGUUCUCAUUCAGAUCACACAAAGGCCUCAGGUGGCAACUAAAAAUGCAGGAGACAAAGUAGUGUGGAUGGGCUGUUUCUGUUGUUCUGGUGGUGGUGACAUUUUUGAGGAGGUCAUGGAGGAUUUCACUUGCUUGCCUUUGUUCCUUGUAAAUGGGGCAAAGGGUUUCUUGGAUCUUGUUGAAACUUGGCUUGAAAAGACUUUUGACUGUUUUUUCAGUCCCUUGCAUAUCAGCCCUAUCAGUCUCAGCUGGAUGGUUGCAAUGUGGUUGGGUUGUAACAUGGACAAUUAUAUGGUUGCAACAGAACUGACUUUUUCUGUACCUUGCACUCCUUAUCCUCUGGAUAUUUCCUAUGCCAUCCAUCCUGAAGAUGCAAAAGUCCUCUGGGAUUCAAUCCAGAGCACUCAAGGAGAAGUCCGACAAGAUGAGGUGGAUUUAUUCAUGGAGUGCCUUUACAAGCACUUUCAUAGACAUUUCAAGAUACACCUGUCAGCUACAAGACUGGUAAAUGUUUCUACAGCUGUAGCCUCUGUCCAUUCUGAUGGGAAAAUAAAGAUUUUCCAUGCCCAACAUCUGAUAAAAGUUCUGGCACUGCUGACGGAACUGGCAAUUUCAAAGUUACUGUGAUAGUGUUACACCUCACAUCCUUCACUACCAACAAUAUAUCUAGCACAGAAAUGGAUUGAAAGCUGCCUUUUUUCCUGUGUAAUUAUACUUGGUAGGGUCUUUUCCCCUUUUGUUUUUCAAAAGUUGUCCAACAACUGUAGUAAAAGAUUAAUAAACACAAAUGUAUUAACAUGA